GUCUGUGCGGUGAUGGAAGCGGGAACUUUUAACUGCUGCAUCCCAGAACUUCAGUGAUUCAUCAGAGGAAGCUUGUUUUUUUUUUUUUUUUUUAACUCGGACACAACGCGGGUGGUGUCAAGACAUAAGUGAUUGAAGUGUGUAUGUGUCUGUGCUGGUGAUCUAACCUGAGGUUCAGAGAGAAGUCCUCCACGUCAGCGCACCCGAAACUCCACAGGAGUGUAGAGAGAAAGAGAGAGAGAGAGAGAGAGAGACUGAAGCUCCGCACCAGCAUGGGCUGCAGUAGGCUGUGCAUAGGUUUGAUCGGCGCGCUUGUGCUCGUCACGCUGAUAGUGGUGCCAACGGCCAUCUAUGUAAACAGGAGCAAUUCGGUUCCGAAGAGGACUUUCACAUUUGACGACUUUUAUAAUGAUACUAUUAGGUAUCAAACCUAUAAUUUACGGUGGAUUUCAGACAAUGAAUAUCUCCACAAAAGCAAGGAUGGUAAUGUGUAUUUGCAUAAUGUAGAGACCAUGGCCAAUUCAUUAUACUUGAGCAACUCAACAUUUGCCCAGGUGGAUGCAACAGAUUACAUUGUGUCUGCUGAUAGGAAAUUUGUCUGUUUGGAAAGCAACUAUUCCAAGCAAUGGAGACACUCAUUUACAGCCUCAUAUUCUUUAUAUGAUAUGGAGAAUCAGACUUUCAUCACACCUACUUACCUCCCUGAAGACAUCCAGCUAUUAUUGUGGGCACCCGUGGGGAACACAAUGGCAUAUGUGUGGAAUUAUAACAUUUACAUCAAGCAAAAUCCUACUGCUGAGUCUAAACAAGCGACUAAGGAUGGACAAUUUAAUCAGAUCCUUAAUGGAAUACCAGACUGGUCUUAUGAAGAGGAGGUGUUUGUAUCAAACGAGGGAAUGUGGUGGUCUCCUACUGCAAAGUACCUGGCCUAUGUGCAGAUUAAUGACACAGAUGUUCACGCCAUUGAAUACUCUUUGUAUGGAAAUGGGCAAUACCCCACCACAAUGGUUGUCCCCUAUCCCAAGGCUGGCUCCAAUAUUCCAAAAGCCAAGCUGUUUGUAAUUGAUGUUUCAACGGCAUCUAUUUCUUCAGAGGUGAUGGUGCCCAAAACCCUCAGGGGAGGUGAUCAUUACCUGAGUUCAGUAACAUGGGUAACUGAUGAGCGGAUUGCUGUGCAGUGGCUUACACGCAGGCAAGACCAGGUUCUCCUUCAGAUAUAUGACUAUGAUGGGACCAACUGGAAUGAAAAAACGAAAUUUGAGCAAAACAGCAGGACUGGCUGGAUUGGUCGGUACAUCCCUUCAGCUCCUAUCUUUGCCGCAGACAACAGUAGUUUCUACAAGGUGAUAAGCGAUGCAAACGGCUACAAACAUCUCCACUAUGUAAAGGAUGGCAAAGCAGUACCAGUAACCUCAGGCAAAUGGGAAGUAAUCUAUAUAUCAAAAUUAACCAAAGAUGCCAUAUACUAUGUUAGUAAUGAGUAUAUGGGAAGGCCAGGCCAGAGGAACCUCUAUAAGAUAUCAUUCAGCACAAGUCAUAGUCACUCUGCCGCUGAAUGCCUCACCUGCUCACUCUAUGAGGACAGGUGCCAGUACAAUUCAGGGUAUUUCAGCCAAAAUGCUGCUUACUUCCGCAUGGACUGCUAUGGACCAGGACUGCCCAUGUUUACACUUAUGGACAAUCGAGGAUCUAGUAAAGAAAUCCAGGUGCUUGAAGACAACAAAAAGCUGGAACAAAUCCUAAAUACAGAGCUUCUAAUGCCAACUAUAAAACGUGCCACAUUAAAAAUAGCAGGAUUUGAUUUAUGGUACCAGAUGAUGUUUCCUCCUGACUUUGAUGCAUCCAAAAAAUAUCCUCUCCUGAUUCAAGUGUAUGCAGGUCCAGCAAGUCAGUAUGUGGAAUAUAAAUUUAGGCUGGAGUGGGCCACGUACCUCUGCAGCACAGAGAAAGCCAUCAUUGCUAGCUUUGAUGGAAGAGGAAGCGGUUACCAAGGUGAUGAAAUAAUGCAUGCAAUCUACGAGCGGCUGGGCACAUAUGAGGUGGAAGAUCAGAUCUCAGCUGUGAGGAAAUUCAUCGAUAUGGGUUUUAUAGACAAAGAGCGAAUAGGAAUGUGGGGAUGGUCAUAUGGUGGCUAUGUGACCUCCAUGGCUCUGGGCUCAAAGAGUGGCUUGCUCAAGUGUGGAAUCGCUGUAGCUCCUGUUUCAAAGUGGGAAUAUUAUGAUGCUGUGUACACUGAGAGAUACAUGCAUCGCCCUCAGGAUAAUUUAGACAGCUAUAAUAACUCCACAGUAACUGGCAGAGCAAAGAAUUUUAAAUCAGUGCAGUACCUGCUGGUGCAUGGCACUGCAGACGAUAAUGUCCAUUUUCAGCAAGCUGCUCAAAUUUCCAAAGCCCUGGUGGAGGAACAAGUAGACUUUGAGGCAAUGUGGUACACAGACAAAGACCAUGGUCUGUCUGGCAGGGCCCGCUAUCACCUCUACACACACCUCAGUCACUUUCUUCAAAAGUGUUUUUCUAAAAAUACAUAAAUAAUCACCUUAAUUGCAGGAAAUUUGUAGUAAACAAAAACCAUAUGACACAUAUGUAUAUAAAUUAUACAAAAAUGUUAACAAAUUGAGAUUUUGAAUACUGUUCGAUUGCAGUUUUUUAUGCUGAAUAUUCAUUUUACCUUUCCUUUUUUAUUGUUAGAUUUUUGCUUUGUUGAUCAAGCAAAACAUGACUGCUAUAUAUUAAAUACCAUUUGCAUGUCUUUUUAUAAUAUGUACGAAAUAUUAUGGCUCUACAGUAAACAUGACACUGAUUGUGAUGGCUGUGCUAUUCGAGGGAUCACUUGCACUGAAUUCAAUAUGUAUUCUAA